AUGCAACAACAACACCACCACCCCUCCAGAUCCUCCCCUCGUCAGCCCUCGUCACUGGCAUGUCUGCCUUGUCGACGACGACACCUGAAAUGUGACUCGAUCAUGCCCGUGUGCGGUCGCUGUCAGACCUCCGACCUGGAAUGUCGCUACGUGCGCUCCCGUCGCGGAAUGCGCAGCAAACCGGACAAUCCGCCGUCGCCCUUAUUCAAUCAUCACGACGUGCCUUUGUUCGACGCUGAUGCUUUCUCCAAUUGGCUCAAUAACACCCCCCUCCCUCCGGACCUGGAUGUAUGUGUUACCUUUCUCUGGCCAUCAUGA